AUGGCUAAACCUGUUCAUUUGACAACAAGAACGGCAGGAUUUUCAUUCACAUCAAUCAGUCGAUCUCGAAUUGGUGCCAAACCCAUCAAGUGUCCUGCUCAAGUGACUUUCUCUUUGGAUCCAUACACUCCAACUCAGUCUUUUCCUGACUGUAAUACCAUGAUCACUGUCAAGGGCCCUAAAGGACAGCUAUCUAUGCCUAUUAAACCUUAUGUGUCCAUCACUCUUCCCUCGAUCACUUCCAACACCACAAAGCAAACCGACUUUGCCGAUGACGAUAAUCUCUAUGACAAUCUCAAAAGCAAGUCUGCAAAUGCACUCCUUACCGUCGCAGUAGAUACAUAUACAGAUAAACGACAGAGAGCAAUGUGGGGAACAACUCGUAAUUUGAUUCAAAAUAUGGUGAUUGGUGUGACAGAUGGAUACAUGAUACCAGUGCGACUCGUUGGAGUUGGCUAUAGAGCUCAGUUGGAUGCAGUCACUGCUGGAAAGUCUAGUCCUUCCCAAAAUCGUGCUCCUUCCGCUCCAGAGGAUGGCAAUCAGUUGGUUGUCCGACUGGGUUAUCCUCACCCAGUAAUAUUUCAUGUCAAUGAUACGGUGCAGGUGAGCGUGCCUGCUCCUCAAAGAAUUAUAUUGCAGGGAAUCGAUCUGCAUGCUGUCACUGCUUUUGCUGCAAACAUUCGUAAAUGGAGAAAACCUGAACCUUACAAUCAAAAGGGUGUAUUCGUUGGCGACGAAACCAUCAAGAAAAAGGAUGGAAAGAAACGUUGAUCUUAAUCCUCAACACUUUGAAAAUAAACCAAUUUAAAUGGUUUUCUAC